UAUUUUUAGUUUCUAUUAUCUGCGAAUAUUUUGAAGUAAAGUUCGAAGUACUUACUUGUAUAAUACUACAAAAGACCGAUUUGAUCUUUCUUUUGACUCUGCUUUAAGACAAUAGGUUUCGUCUUGUUUUUUUUUUUUCUUAUUUUUGCAGUUAAUAUUUUUCGUUAGAUUUUUUUAUUUGUUUAUGUUCAAGAAAUUGAUAAACUCAAAUACUAAAAUUAGGUCAAAGUGAAAUGUUCCCUAAUAUGUGACUCAUUUUAGUAAGUUAUUUUUUUUUGUGAAGUGUGUUAUUAGUUUGUUAUUGUUUCUUAUAUAAAAUAUUAUACAUUUAUUAAAAGUAUAGUAAGAAUCCUCAUGGAUACGCCGCCUGUCCCUAAGCCUCGGAGCGCAUUUCUGUCUAAUAAUGAUUUAAAAAAACCAGUACCACUACCUCGAACAAAGGCACCGGUAAAUCAUGAUAGAGUCUCAGCUACGAAUAUACUACGUUCACUCAGUUCCGUGUCUAAACAAAUAACAGAAGACGUUGCAAACAAAGUUAGCAGUUCAGCUAAAACUGCGAACGAAAAAUUUGAAAAAUCACUAUUUGAUGGAUCUAAAUUUGCUAAAGGCACGUUGGAAAAAACGAUAAAUACGUCAAGGGCAGUGCGAGAUUCUGUUACAAAAUCCGUUAUAGAGGGCACAAAAACAGCUGGCUUAAAACUGCGUAUGUCUAAAAAAACUGAUAACAACGAAUAUGUGGACAACCAAAGAUGUACAUCUAUGCCUGCUGUUGAUGUGAGUUUUUUUGACAAUAUUCAAUUUCACUCUCCUCUGUUAGAACAGAAAAGGUAUAGAAAUGAUGAUGAUAACCCAGGUCAAAAUAAAAUCAUUCCACUGCAACUGAACUCUUCUCAUCUUGAUGACCUGUCGCUGUUUUCUAGCAAUUCUGAUUCCAAUGCGGAUACAGUAAGUAAUUUUUCACAUGAGAGCAAGGAAAGUGAAUUCACUGAUGCUAGUUUGAACGAUAUAAAUGAUGGUACAUAUGACACUCCAAAACCUUCAAGAGCUAAUAGUUUUAUUAGUGUUAGGUCAGCACCAGAGAUGCCGGAAAGACGGAAAAAGACAGAAAUUGCUAUUGAAGUAAUGAGACAAAAUUCAUUAUAUGAAAACUGGACACUUCCUCAUCCAUCACCUAGUUCUUCCAAGACAAUAACUAAAGUAACUCCAAGACCUAGUAAGAGUACAAUUUAUGAAUUUGACCCUCUAACAAACAGUACUAGUUCUACACAAAAAUACGAAGGAACUAGCAAUGAAUUACUUCUUUUAGAGUCAUUUUUAAUAGGAGAUACUUAUGGUACAAUCGUAUCAACGGACAAUGGAAGUGAAGAAGUUGAGUAUGAUUUUGGGGAAAGUGAUUAUUUUAAUCCACCCACACCUCCAGAAAGAUUUGAUAGUCUUUUGCCAGAAGAAGCUUUAUCAAGAACAGGAUCUUCAACUACAGCAGACCAUGAAAAGAGUACUAAUUGGUAUGAUUCUGAAACAGAAGUGCCCACAGAAAAUGAAUUGAAAGCUCCAAAUUCCAUGAUGCAGAAGUUUUCAUAUAUAUUAAAAUUAGAUAAUGUGUUGUACAAGUCAUCCAAGCAAGCUGUACAGAAAGUUGAAGUGGUACAACGACCACCUUUAAAUAAAUUGCCUGUGCCAUAUUACAGUGGAGUUUUAAACAAAGUGGUGUCUGGUGUAGUGGAAGAUUUAUUUAAAAAUACACAAAGCCGAUACUGUGUCCUGUCAGAUCAAAAAUUAACUUGCUAUACAGAUCCAACCACUUCAACUAUCAAAGAAACAUACUUUUUGGACAAUAUUUAUUGUGUGCAGAUUGUUUUACCACUUUCCUCCAGUACAACAAGCAACUCUUACUGUUUUGAACUCACCAUCUCUAAUAGUAUUCGUAAUACUCCAAGGAAGAUUUUGUUUAGUUGUUCAAGUGCUUCAGAAAGGCGUAAUUGGGCUCAAAAAAUUGCUGAACAUCUUAUUAAUGGAUUUCCUACAAAGUAUAUGGCAGAAUACACUCGAUGUGGCUGGUGUUAUCUUAAGGAGGGUGUGACGUGCGAAUGGCGUGGCGCGUGGGUAAUGCUGAUCCGCCGCGUGCUCGUGUACGGCAGCGGCGGCGACGACGUGCGCUCCGUCGACCUGAGGAAAACGAGAUGCGUCGCAACACAAGAGGCAGACGAUAUAACGAAACAGGUGUGUCCGUCUGAUGGGAGCCCGAACCUGCUUCUAGACUGUCCCCACACCACUUUGUAUUUGCGAUUCCCACACGAAAGAGAACUUAAGGGUUGGAAAUACAUGGUUAAGCUAGCAGCACACAACAACGGCGCGUACCUCCAUCAUCAGCAGUUGACGAAAGAAGACGUCCCAGUUGUAGUCGACAAAUGUCUUAGCUUCAUAUAUGCACAUGGCAGCCUAUCGGAGGGCAUAUACCGUCGCGCGGGCGGCUCGCUGGCGCUGUCGGAGCUGCUGGCGCGGUUCCGGCGCGACGCGUGGUCGGCUCAGCUCGCGCCGGGCCGGCACUCGGAGCACGACGCGGCCGGCGCGCUCAAGCGGUUCUUCAGGGACCUGCCCGAGCCGCUGGUACCGCGGGAGAAGCACGCCGACUUGAUUGCCGCACUAGAUAUUAAAGACAAAGCCGCCCGUUACACAGCGUACCGCGCCGUGAUGACGUCACUUCCGCUGAUCGCGCGCAACACCGCCCGCAAAUUAUUUGCGCACCUGUACUUUUUACACACAAUGUCUCAUGCCAAUAAGAUGAAUGCAGAAAAUUUAGCAUCCGUUUGGGCACCUACAAUCAUGCCAGGCGCUUUGGCGAGUAACACGCUACAGACUGCUUGGUCGGCCAAGGAGCAAUACGUAAUUAGAGAUUUAAUAGCCAACUACAAUGAUAUAUGGGAGCCGACUGAGGCUGAAAUUCGACGGGAAGCUUCCAUACGUCGAGUAUUGUUGCGUGUACUCAGUAACACGGCGCCCACACCUCCAAAAGCAGCCGGAGACCUCAAGGCUUGGAUUUACGUGCAUGACAGAAAUACUUGCCAUCAAGUAGCUCUUACACCAAACAAAACAAGCUCGGAUGUAUGCAUAGAACUCUGUGAGAAGGCAAAAAUGGAUUCUCACUUACUUAUGCUCGAAGAGGUUAUAUGCAGUGAGUCGAUGCGUCGUGUGGUUCACAUAGACGAGAUAGUCUUAGACGUGGUCCUUAGAUGGGGAUACUGGGACGAAGAAGAUAGGAAAGAUAAUUAUUUACUAGUUAAGGAAAAUAAGUUACUACACGAAUUAGAAGGGUUACGGCAUACGACGUCACUGGUCUGUGGUGAACUGCGACUCGCGAAUGAAAUUAUGAAGACCUUCAAGCUGCAUAUGUUCGAGGUUAAUAAUUCAAAAUUGUGCUAUUUUAAAGACAAACAGGGUUCGCACAAAAUAGAAGAAUGGCAAAUAAAAGACAUUUUGUGGUAUGUUGGUUACGAACCAAAGCGAAAUCCUCAAUCACGUUGGGCUAUUACUUUUAUUCCAAGAAACAAUAAACCAAAACGCAGUAAAGAUCGACCUUGGUUCGGGUGCACUAUAGCUGGCGCUGUGACGGAAGACCAGCUCAAGUGGAUGACGGCCUUGAUCUUCGCUGAACACAAAAACAUUCUGCCGACUCCGCGACUGGUCAUUACAUAGGCGCUAUAACAACAUGUAGUAACUUUGUAAAAAAAGUAACUAACGAAUUUAUAAUUUUUUCUUAAAGGGCUGCCAGCUGCAGAAACGUGUUACAUGUUGCCUAGAUAAGUUACUUGUAAUUUCUUAGAAGACAAUUUUCCUUUCCUUAGUUCUCGCACUGUGAUAUGCUUGCAGUACAAUAUUUAUUAUGGAAUUUUGAAAUAGUUCAUUAUUUUUGAUCAGCGAGAGUGAAAUUUAUUACAUAAAAUUUAUGAGGCAACAAAUAAAUAAAAAAAUUUCGUAAUUAAUGAAGAUGUGUAUCAAAUGUAUAAACUAAUUUGAAGUAAGAACUUUUCUUUAUGAUACCGGAUAAUGACGUCAAUAACUUUCUAUAUAAUUUGAGUACAUUUAUUGCUAUUAACUUUACUACAGUAAAUUUAGUACUUUAAUUUAGCCCGGUGUAAGACACAGGAAAUGCUCCUCUGAUAAUAUUGUUUGUAAGGCUUCUAUUGUUUUUUAUUUUAAUUGGGACCACAUGUCAUUUAACACGUGAAAUAAAAAGAAUGACAAAGACUUAAAUUGCAAAACGUUCCUUCACUUAAAAUAAUGUUUAUAACGUGAUGACGUUAUUUCACUUUAUCGAAAAAACAUUCAGCCAACUGGAUGUACACUCUUCAUUGGAACUUAAGUACGAUUAUUAUGAUAAUAUCACUUUUACUUUUUUAAUUAAUUUUUACCAAACUUUAGAGAAAAAAACCGCCUAAUUCUAUGUAUAUCAUUCUAGCCCGUAAGCGAAUAAUAUAUUGCACAAUGUUGAUAAUUGUCUAGAUUUUAUAUUAAAUAUUUGACUAUUUUUAAAUAAGCCUGCUUGGAUAUUUUAUGCUUGGUUUUAAAUACUAUGUAUUGUAAUACAUCUUAAUAAAAGUAUGCGGGCUGUUUUUAGUUAUGACUUUUCUUGCCUUAUAUUUUUUUAGAACCGUAAAAACUCUUUUAUAAGCGAAAAUAAUCGUGGCAUCGUCCUAUAAUCACGAACACGAACGUCACCUUGUAUUUAUUGUAACAAGGAACACUAAUUUUACAAACAGAAACAGGGUGAAUUGUCUUUUUAUGAACUGCGUUUUUAUAAUUACUUUAAGCGGGAGCUGAAGAUAAUAAAUUGAUAAAAACAUGAAAAGUGUCGACAACAAACAAUUGAUCUAUUGUUUAAAAGUCUAGUAUAGUAAUUAUUGAAAUAUAUCAGUUAGAAAUAUAUCAGUGAGAUCCACGCACAAUGAGUGUCGUCAACUUUUAUAAAACGAUAUACUCGUAAAUUUAUUAAAUUUUAUAAUACAGUAAGUUAAUAUAUAGAUUUUUGUCUAAUAUAUUUUAUUACAUGUAAAACAAGUUACCAUAUAGUGUAAGAUAUAUUCAGUUUGUAUGUUAUUAUCAGUAACAUAACGCACUUUAAAUUUACGUUACUGUCAUUUAGUAUUAGAUUUACAGGUUGAUUUUAUUAAAUUUUAAAAUAAUUUAAAAUUCAUCAAUUUAAUAUUUUCAAUGAUUGACUGCAACUCGUCGAGAAAAUCAGAUUAUGUCCAUUUCCUAUACUCAGAAAACAAUGCCGUUUUCCUAUGAGUUGCUGAAUUUAAAACUUAAAAUCGGGCUUUAGUUAUUAAAUCAUAUUUUUUCUUAAUAGUAAGACCGAUAAGUAAAUUGUUAUUGAAAAGUUAUAUAUGUAUGUGAUAAAUAAAAAUGUACUUUGCCGAUACUAAAUAAACCGGAAUUAUUUUAGGUCAAAAUGCAAUAAUGCGUCAGUAUUUUGUAUACUAAAUAUUACCUUGUUUAAUGA